CGACCAUCCAUCAUGAAUGGCAAAGGUGCAGCCUUUGCCGCACGAAUCUAGCCGAAGCGCCCACUCGCGCGGCUCCUCGCAUAAGAUUAUGCCCUUUCCUUCGACCAAAAGCAAAGCAAGCGUUUUAGUAGACACGUGGAUUACGAAUUUUAAAGAGCGCGGUCCAGCAUCUUCCGCGGCAAGUAACAGCGUUGGGCCUCAAGGCGAUCAUUGCCUGGAAAGCGGGGGCAUGCCUGACAGCAUUCCAGCAGUCCAGCCAAGAAUGCAAGGAGCAUCGCUUGCACCGAGCUCCGAAGAGUCUCCUAGCGGGAGCAACGACGCUGGCGACUACACAACUUUGUUACACAAGUACGCCGUGCACCCAACAACCUCACGGCGCUUGCGAGGCCUGGUGGACCUGGCGCUGAUGGUUGUGGCGCUCAUACCAACCGUCGUUCUCCGCAUGGUUCGCGCGGCUAUGGGCUUCUUGGGCGUGACUGAGCACCGAUGGCGCGGAAUUUCCAUGGUCGUGCCGCUUACGCCCGAGGACCGCAAGCAGCUGGAGCUAACGGUGGUCAACCUCGGUGCUGGCCGCCUUGGACGCCGUCCUGAGGCUCCGGAACGCGGCCCCGUGGCUCCUUCUCAGCAGCUGCUGCUUGACCUGCACGCGGUCCUCGCUGCCGCCGCGUCCACAGCCACCGCCUUUAGCCUGCCGUACGAGGGCAUGCCUGAAGCCGCCCUUCACGCCAAGCUCGCCUCCUACCUCCGCUCCGUCGCCGCAGCCGACUCCGUUUGCACCCAAGACGUCUUCAAGGCCAUGCGAAAAAUCGGCCGCAAGACGCUGAUCUCCCUCUGCCAAGCCGCGCCCCGACAACCCACCCCCACCCCUCACCCCACCUCCUCCUCCUCCACCUCCCACCACACCUCUGCCGCGGUCCGCAUGGUCCUCUCCGCCCUGCACACCUCCCCCUCCACCACCAGCUUCAUCUCCCGCCCCAAGCCCUCAUCCGUGGCCAAGGCCUUCAUGACCGCCUGCCUCAUGCAGCAGAGCCGCUCCCACCCCACCACCCUGAUCCAACUGGUGACCCACCUCCCAGACGGUUCCGGAGACCUGGUGGAGGCCAUGUCCCUCAUUUCCCUGGCACCGGGUGCGGAGUACCUCCGGCUGCUGGCUGCCAUGGGACCCGCUGGCGGGGGCGGGGGAGCGGGAGGAGGAGGAGGAGAUUUGGGGGAGAGGUUUGCGGAGCAGUUGGAGGCGAUGAGCGAGUUUGGGAGGUUGCGGCCCUCCGAUGCGAAGAAGGAGGCGGGGGUGCAGGGCAUGGCGAUCAAUGCGAGGGUGCAUGAGGUGGGCAUUGUACGGGGGGAUUGGCUGCUGCAGCAGCAGGGGGCGGAGAAGGAGGCGGAUGGCGUGGCAGGAGCGGUGGGGGAGGGAUUGCUGCCGCCCAUUGUUACGGACCGUAAGGGCAGCGGAGUGAACGGCAACAGCAGCAACGGCGGUUGCAACGGUAACGCUAGCAAUGUCGUACAUGCCAAUGGGAAUGGGUCAUUCUCAUCGUUCAACGGCUACAGCGGAGCAGCAGCAGCAGCAGCGGCAGCGGGGGGCGAGCAGUACAUGAACGGCGAGGGGGCGAUGUACGGCGCUGUGGGGUCGAGUAGCGAUGCGGAUGAUGACAAGGAAGGGCUGCUGCAGGGUGCAAACAGCACCGGCCCAGAGACCCUCCCUUCAGCCCUCACAACCACCACCACGCCGCCAACCGAAAUCCACGCCAACCCCGCCACCCCUCCCCACCCCACCACCACGUCCUCCCCCUCCACCCUCGCCCCCUCCCCCUCCUCCGCCUCCCUCUACCCCACCUCCGCCCUCGACGCCUUCGAGCCCCUGUACGGCUGCCCCCGAUCCGGAGCCUUUGCCGUACACGGUCGGGAGCCCCGCGGCGUGGGGCUGAGUCGUCUGGUUGCUUCGUACGCCGCGUGUCACUCGCUGCCGCUGUCCGCCCAGCGGUCGCUGCUGCGGGGGCUGGGGUACAGCCACUUGGAGCAGCUGAGGGAGGAGGUGGAGCUGAGGAAGGCGCUGUGCGUGGCGCAGGCCCUCCCCGUCAUCGUGGCCUCGCUGCGGCUGCAGUGCCGCUCGCCCGCCUGCCUGUCCGCCGCCUCCCGCACCGGCAGCUUUGCGCACGUGCAGCAGUCGCUGCUGUCGGACCUGCACCGGCACGAGCGGGCGUACCUGGAGGACACGCGGGGGGCGCUGGAGGUGCUGGGGGAGCGGCUGGUGGUGCGGUUCGUGAGGGGGAGCGAAAAGGUCCUGCCGCUGCACCUGAGCGGCUCCUGCAUCACCGUCUCCCUGCCCGCCGACUGCGUGUGCCCCGCCGCCCUAGCCGCUGCGGGGCUGUCCCGGGAGGGCUUCUGCGGCGGCACGUACGGCCUGACCCCGCUGCUGUUCAACAUGGGGCUCAACAGCCUGCAGUCGCUGGGCUUCCUGACGUGGCGGGGCAGGGGGGAGCCGCUGCAGGAGAGCAUAAACAGGCACAGCCUGGAGCGGCUGAACGAGUGGGCCCAGCGCGCGGGUCGGGGCGGCGCUCCCGCCCUGGCCGCCCUCAACCGCCACUGCGGCCCCGAGGGGAGGAGGCAGCCCAAGGACACGCAGCUCAUUGCACUGGUUCGCCGCGCGUGCAGCGAGGUGGGUGCGGGUCGCGCCGUCAACUGCAAGUCCGGCAAGGACCGCACCGCGCUGGAGCUGGCCAAGGCGUUCGCGGAGGAGGUGGUCAUGGCGGGAGAAACCAGGACGAGGACAGCCACUGCAAAUAUGAACGGCACCGGUACGUCUACCGGCAAAGCUACUAGCCAGGGUGCGGGCGGCAGCAGCAGUGGCGCCAGCAGCAGCGGUGGUGCUGCGGGCGGCGGUCUGCUGCCCCGGUCGGCGCUGGGGUGGUUGGAGGCUCAGUUCCUGCGGGGGCUGUCGUACGUGACGACCAGUCAGAACCACGGUCAGCCGCCCGCGUACGCGUUCAACGAGAUGGAGAUCCUGACGCUGCCGCCGGGGUGGCGGCCGGACUGGCGGCUGUGCGGCAAGGUGGCCAGCUGAGAGGUAGAAAGAAGGAGGCAACCAGCUUAGGG